ACACUAAAUUCCAAUUACACAACCUCACCACCUAUUUAAGCCCCCCAAACCCCCCAUUCCCUAACCCAUCCAAAGCUUUUCAACUUCCCUUCGCUCCCAAAUUUCUCUUCCAAGUUCCCCCAGUCCAAACUCCACCAUGUCCAAGAGCAUCACCCUUGUGUUCAUAGCCUUCCUCCUCUUUGUGUCCCUCACUGAAGCAGCCAGGCCUGAACCAGUGGAUGCCAAGCCAAACUCCCUUGAGACUGAGAUAUUUGAGAAAGUAGAAGUAUGUGAGGGGCUUGGCGAGGAGGAAUGCUUGACCAGAAGGACUCUGAUGGCCCACACUGACUACAUCUACACCCAGAAGGGGAAGGGGAAGGGGAAGGAGAACGGAAACUAGGGUGUGUAAUUUGGGGUGUUUCUAGCUUGUGGGUUUUGUUGCUGCAGUGUUGCUUGUCUUUUGUAACCCCAGCGGUGAUGUUAUGAUAUAUGAUAUUAAAUAAUAAUGGUAAAAUUUAUUGAAG